GCAAGCAAUUGUGUAAUGUAGUUCCAUGAGAUGGGACUUGCUUCUACUCAAUGUUUGGACUAAGAAAUGUUAUUCGCUCUUGAUCACAUGAAGAGCAGAAUAUAGUCUUUCUUUUCUUUGUUGCUCUUUCAGAACUGUUUUCUUCUGUCUGUUGACUGUGACUCAAAGAGAUGACAUACAAGUUCCUUCUUACUGUUCAUCCCAGCUACAGAUUCUGUGUCCCGGCAGAACUAAAAAUACCUGACAAUGCUUAAAAGCUCCUAAAGUCUUCCCUAGCUCUAAUAUGGUGUCUUGCUCUUAUAGUUCCCACUUGAUUUUAUUAAGAGAAGCUGAGCUACUCGAUUACUCUCAACAAAUAUUUCCUGUGGAAUAUUCCUUGCGACUCGAGGAGAUGUUCUAACUUUACCCAGCACCGCAUCUCGGCAUCCAGCGCUCCUGGAGCGAAGCCUGUGCGCUUCCCGCUUGCCAUGGGAGCGAAGUUCCGGCGGCGGGCGCAGCCCCCGUCCCCGCCGAGCAUCCCGGGCCUGUGAGCGCGGGACGGCUGCAGUGCCGCGUCGGCGCCUGCGGGUGCCGCUGUUGUCCGAGGCGCCGCAGCCGCGGCAGCGCCCUGCCCCCGCGGGCUGCUGGCUCGCCCGGCGCCGGCCCGAGCGGCAGCGGCGCGGGCAGCAGCGGCGAGAGGCGGCGCCGAGCUCGCUGUCCUGCGGCGGCCCCUGCGCUCGGAGCGGCGAGAGGCUGGAAGGGAGGGAGGUCAGCGGCGGGAGGGAGGAAGGCGAGCGCUGGCGAGCAUGGCAAGCGGGGAGAGGCGGCGACCAGCGGCGGCGCGAGCGCUGCUGUCCGCCUUGCUGCUGGGCUUGUGGUGCCGGGCGGCGGCGGAGCGGCUCCGCUACACCAUCGCCGAGGAGCUGGGCAGAGGCUCGCUGGUGGGGCCGCUGGCGCGGGACCUGGGGCUGAGCCCGGCCGAGCUGCCGGCGCGCAAGCUGCGGCUGGCGUCUGCCGGGAAAAGGCAGCAGGAAUAUUUUAGGGUGAGCGAGGAGAAUGGGAACCUGUACGUGAGCGAGAGGCUGGACCGGGAGGAGAUGUGCGGCGAGUCGGUGUCCUGCUCCGUCAGUUUCGAGGCAGUGGUGCAGAAUCCGCUCAACGUCUUCCACGUCGAGGUGGCCAUCCAGGACGUCAACGACAACUCCCCGAGCUUCCUGCAAGACAGUUUCCAGCUGGAGAUCAACGAGUUCACUUCUCCCGGCGCCCGCUUUUACUUGGGCGUUGCCGAGGACCCGGACGUGGGCAGCAACUCGCUGCAGGGCUACGAGCUGGAGGACAACGAGUUCUUCGCGGUGGAGUCGAAGGAGAGCCCGGACGGCAGCAAGUUCGCGGAGCUGGUGCUGCGCCGUGCGCUGGACCGGGAGCGGGAGCAGAGGCUGCGUCUGGUGCUGAGGGCUGUGGACGGCGGCGAUCCGCCGCGGAGCGGCACCGCCCAGCUCUGCAUCAACGUCACCGACGCCAACGACAACGCGCCCGUGUUCGCGCAGGAGCGGUACCGCGCCAGCCUGCGGGAGGACGCGCCGCCGGGCUCGGCGCUGCUCAACGUCUCCGCCUCCGAUGCCGACGCAGGCACCAACGCGCGCAUCACCUACAGCUUCGGGAAAAUGCCGGCCAAGGUGCUUCAGAAGUUCGUGUUGGAUCCGGAGAGCGGGACGAUCACGCUACAAGAACUGCUGGACUUUGAGGACACGCGGUCUUUCAGCCUGGCGGUGGAGGCGAGGGAUGGGGGUGGUCUGGUGGCGCACUGCAAGGUGGAGGUGGAGGUGCUGGACGUGAAUGACAAUGCGCCCGAAAUCUCGGUGUUGUCGGUGUCGAGCCCGGUGCCCGAGGACGCUCCGGUGGGCACGGUCGUGGCUCUGUUGAACGUGAACGACCGGGACUCUGGGGAGAACGGUCAGGUGUGGUGCGAGCUGUCGGGCGAGUCGCCGGUGUCGCUGGUGUCAUCGUCGGGCGGGUCGUAUAAGGUGGUGACGUCGGUGCCGCUGGACCGGGAGCAGGCGGGCGAGCACCGUGUGACGGUGUUGGCCAGGGACCGGGGCGUGCCGUCGCUGUGGAGCCGCGCGUCGCUGUCGCUGGAGGUGUCGGACGUGAACGACAACGCGCCGGUGUUCUCGGAGGCGGCGUACAGCGCCUACGUGUGGGAGAACAACGCGGCGGGCGCGCUGCUGGUGCGCGUGUCGGCGCGGGACUUGGACGCGGGCGCCAACGGGCGCGUGAGCUACUGGCUGGCGGGCGGGAGCGCGGUCGGGGCGUGCGCGGCGUCGUCGGUGUCGGUGGAGGCCCGGAGCGGCGCGGUGUACGCGCAGCGGUCGUUCGACUACGAGCAGUGCCGCGAGCUGUCGGUGUCGGUGCGGGCGCAGGACGGCGGGGCGCCGUCGCGGAGCUCGACGGCGACGGUGCGCGUCUUCGUGCUGGACCGCAACGACAACGCGCCGCGGGUGCUGUGGCCGGCGGCGGGCGCGGGAGCGGCGGGCGAGGCGGGUUUGGCGCCGGGUCCGGCGCCGUUCGAGGUGGUGCCGCGCUCGGCCGAGGCCGGCUACCUGGUGGCCAAGGUGGUGGCGGUGGACGCGGACGCGGGGCGCAACGCGUGGCUGUCGUACGAGCUGGUGCAGGCGGCGGAGCCGGCGCUGUUCCGCGUGGGGCUGCACAGCGGCGAGGUGCGCACGGCACGGGCCGUGUCGGAGCGGGACGCGGCCAAGCAGCGGCUGGUGGCCGUGGUGAAGGACCACGGGCGGCCGGCGCUGUCGGCCACGGCCACGCUGCACGUGGUGCUGGCCGAGAGCUUGCAGGAGGCGCUGCCGGAGCUGAGCGAGCGGCCGUCGGGCGCCGAGGCGGCGGCCGAGCUGCAGCUGGGGCUGGGGCUGGCGCUGGCGCUCCUCUGCGCCCUUUUCGUGCUCAGCGUGGCGCUGGCCGUGCUGGCGCGGCUGCGCGGGGCCGGGCCGCCCGCCGUGCUGCGCUGCCUGGGCGCGCAGCGCUUCUCCGGGGCGGGCGCCGCCUUCCCGGCCGACUUCUGCGAGGGCACCUUGCCCUCCUCCUACAACCUGUGCGUGGCGCCGGGCCGCGCCGUCGCCGACGUCGCUUGGCUGCCGCCGCCGCUGCCCAGCCUGCCCGCGGAGGAGCUGCUCGGCGGGGAGCCCUGCGGGAAGCGGAGCGAGAGCAGCAGCGCCGGCGCGGGAGAGCCGCCCGACCACCCCGACGCACCGCAGGUCUGUAACCCGCGCUCUCACGCUCUUAUCCUUGACUCUUUUCCGAAGUGCCGUCCUCUUUUCCUCUGAAUUUUCCGCUGGGUUUUGUCGCGCAGUGGGGAUGGGGGAUGCAGAUCCUUGUGUCUGGGAAGAAAUGAAAGACCGAUAUGUUUCCGUUCUGUUCUGAGCAGACAGUUCAGCCGCGGCACUCUUCGGUUUUUUCUGUGGUCACAGGUUCUGAUUCAGCGAAGAGGUCUUGUCUGCAACUCUUGUGUUACGAUCCUGUCAGUUAGUAUCAGCGAAUCUUUACUGUGCAGAACGAGAUCCGCUGAUUCUACUCCAUAGUCUCGGGAUUGUCGCUUGGUAUUGAAGAUGUUUCCUUCCGGAUCCAUUUUACCUGAAACCCUGUACAUGGACCUGGUUGAUAUCUGGAAAGAAACCUGGUAAAUGCCUUUUCAAUAUCAGACCCUGAAGGAAAACGUGUAUGUGACUCCAUGAAUGGAGAACUUAAAGGUGGUUGCUCCCUUCUGGAGGCAGGGUGCUGCAGAGACGGCGGUGGAAACGGGACAGAUAGAUUGUAUCCAGACAUGAUUUCUCGGAUAUCUUUAUGCGGUCGUUUCUCAUUGCUCUUCGGUGGUAGAUCUUUCUUUUACACCUUCGUCACCUCACUUCCAUGCGUAGGUGGAAAUGUAGAAUGCGAACUCAAGAAAAAUAACAAGUAUCGCGUCUUCUAUUUCAAAGCGUGUCCUCUGCUCUCCUGCAGGAUUUUGUGGACAAGGUUUCCUCCAGACAUGGUGAUACAACGAUCAGAUAACUCCUUUACUGAUAAACAGUGUCUUAUACCGUCAUUUUUAAGACAAUUAAAGCUUUUUCACGGUCAUUCAGGCUGUAGGGUUACUUGGAUAAUUACAAAUGUGUGUAAACAAUGCGAAAAAAGAACUUUCUGUGGACUAUUAAGGAAAAGAAAUCACACACUGAGCUUUCAAGAGUUUAAUGCUGUGGCCAUUAGGUCUGUGACGUUACUGAAGCAUAUAAUUGCACUCAUCCAGUUCGAAAAUAAACUAACUACUCCUUCGUCAUUACCUGAGACGCCUUGUUUCCCUUUGUGGGGACUGACCGCACCUUCUUCAGCCUAAAUGCCUGAUCUCAGGCGUUGGUGGUGGAAUAGUUAGUCUGGAAGUGUUCCGUCUGAACUAAAGUAGUUUAAGGAGAGUUCCUCGUGCUGAGGUUAAGGGGCUGGAGAGCUCGUGUGAGUGUAUAUUCCGUUUGUAUUUCAGAGCCCGGGAUUUUCUUGCUAUCCUUGUAGCAGCAAUUGAAGAAUGGUUUCUGCGAAAUAUAGUGGUUGGAAUUGUGGUGUUGGACUAAUGUUAAAUGGGUCUUAAUACUCUGCUCCUUAAAAUAAGAACAAAUGUUUUAUUUCACGUACGUGGCCAUUAAGAAAUGAUUUUAUCCGUGCGGUAAAUCCCCGGUCUACAUUUGAGGAGUGAUCUCCAUUGCUGCUAUGUUCUGUUAGUCGGGAUGAGGGGAAUUAGAGUGCUUUCGUGAUGCACUUUUGAUCAGCAGAAAUAGUGAGAAAGAAAUCAUUUGAAGCAGUUUCUGAUGGGGAUUCUGCUUUAGUACUGAUAGGAUAUGUCUCUCGGUAUCUUCCACGUCACAUUUUGCUCGCCGUGCUCGCCCCGGGGAUUCGAAGAGAGCCGGUGCCGAGCGCAGGCGGGGCGGGAGGCGGCGGGUGCGGUCGGCGGUGUGUGCGAGGGUUGGGACCGUCCCCGCGCGGUUCCGGUGCGCAGGGCCGGGCGGGCAGCGCUGGUCGGCGGUGAGUGCGUGCAGUGCCGGGAGGAGGCUGCGGGCGCCGCUGUUGACCGAGGAGGAGCGGUCGGGAGGUGGGAGCGGUGGAGGCAGCCCCGCCCGCUGCGGCGCGGCUCGCUGUCUGUCUGGGGUCUGUCUCGGCGGGCGGCGGGCUGCGAGCGUCCCCGCGGUACGGAGCCGCGGUGCAGCGAGGCGGAGGGGGCGGCGGCGGCACCGGGCGGCAGCGGCGGUGCGGAGCCGGAGGCUGGGGCCGGAGGCGGAGCGGGCUGUGUUUCGGCGGUGGGACGCAAGCUCAGCCUAAUACAGACUGGCGCUUCUCUCAGACCCAGAGACCUGGAACUAGUGG